AUGGAGAACAAAGACAUAACCUACAUUAUAUAUGCCUUUGUGAAGGUUAGUGAUCCUGAUAUGCAUGCCUCGUGGAGGAGGCUAUUGAUGCAAAAUGUCGAGGGGGAUGUGCUUAAGCCCAUAAGGGAGUCACCGAGGGAGGCAAAAGUGCUAUUUUAUGUGAUGUUCAAAGGGGAUUUAUCCCUGAAUGAGUUUCGAGGCGGGCAAACUCCCGCUUGGAGAACUCACAGUGAGAGACGUCGUGAGGCCACGGUUGUGAGAAUUGGGCUAUUCUCUAGUAACUCUCAUGAGAAUGAAGAUUAG